GUUUGAGGAAGACGUCAAAAUGCGUCCCAACAUUUAUAUAUGUUGAUUUUGACGACUGUAUUCCUCCUAUUUGUUGGGCACAAUUGUUGUGGCACGUGUAAAAUGUUUCAGAGACAAACGACCAGAAUUUUUUAGACUAAGUAAGCUCAAUUUUCGUGGGAAACAGUGAAGAGAGAUAUUCACCAUCAUGCUGCUUGAGUUGGUUUUUGUCAUUCUGGCAUCAUGUUGCACCGCAGAGUCAAAGAGAAGAAAUGUCCUCCUGAUCAUUGCUGAUGAUGCUGGUUUUGAGACGGAGGUGUAUAACAACUCUGUGGUCCACACACCUCACCUGCGCUCUCUGGCCAAACGUAGUCUGGUGUUCAGCAACGCCUUCACCUCUGUCAGCAGCUGCUCUCCCAGCCGCUCCGCCAUCCUUACCGGCCUGCCUCAACACCAGAACGGCAUGUACGGGCUUCAUCAGGGUGUUCACCACUUCAACUCGUUUGACGGGGUCCAAAGUCUGCCGCUGCUCCUCAGCAAAGCCAACAUACACACAGGUAUUAUUGGGAAGAAGCACGUCGGUCCUGGAUCUGUAUAUCCUUUCGAUUAUGCCUACACCGAGGAGAACAACUCUGUCCUGCAGGUGGGGAGGAACAUCACCCGCAUCAAACUCCUGGUCCGCAAAUUUUUCCAGACCCAUAAAGAGGAAGUGUAUGAACGAAGGCAUAAGACCAAAGAGAAUAAAGGGAAUGUAAAAGGUGAAGAGAGGCCAUUUUUCCUUUACGUCGCCUUCCACGACACCCACCGCUGUGGACACUCGCAGCCCCAGUAUGGAGCGUUCUGUGAGAAGUUUGGGAAUGGUGAAAUGGGGAUGGGUAGAAUACCUGACUGGACACCCGAAUAUUACACACCGGAACAAGUGAAGGUUCCCCCUUUUGUGCCGGACACGCCUGCAGCACGAGCCGACUUGGCUGCACAGUACACCACAGUCAGCAGGCUGGACCAAGGUAUCGGUUUGGUUCUUCAGGAGCUCAGGGAAGCUGGUUAUGAAAACGACACUCUGGUCAUCUACAGCUCCGAUAACGGCAUCCCCUUCCCCAAUGGCAGAACCAACCUGUACCGCUCGGGGACAGCAGAGCCCAUGCUGGUGUCCUCUCCGGAGCACAGGGAGCGAUGGGGUGACACCAGCCAGGCCUACGUCAGUCUGCUGGACAUCACUCCCACCAUCCUGGACUGGUUCUCUGUUCCCUACCCGUCCUACAGCCUCCCCGGCAGCUCCACCACCCCGGUCCACCUCACCGGGCGGUCCUUACUACCUGCUCUAGUCACGGAGCCCAGCAGCUGGCACACCGUGUACGCCAGCCAGUCUCUCCACGAGAUAACCAUGUACUACCCAACGCGCUCCGUCCACCAGGGGGCGUACCACCUCCUCCACAACCUGCACUACCGCAUGCCCUUCCCCAUAGACCAGGACCUGUACGUGUCACCGACCUUCCAGGACCUGCUGAACCGCACCCGGCUGAGUGAGCCCACACACUGGUUCAAAAGCCUGCAGCAGUAUUACUACAGAGAGCGCUGGGAGCUGUACGACGCCAGGUCGGACCCUCUGGAAACAAGGAACCUGGCGUCAGACCCGUCCUACAGCACGGUGCUGGAGAGCCUGAGGCAGAGUCUGCAGAAGUGGCAGUGGGAGACGGGGGACCCCUGGGUCUGUGGCCCUGACUACGUCCUGGAGGACAAGCUAGAGCCGCACUGCAGACCACUCUACAAUGGACUCUGAUUGACUCUAAUGGUACUCUUACUCAUCUUGAUUGACAUGAUGUCCCCAUACAUGAUUCCUCUUGUAAUAUAAAUGAAAUGUAUUUGUAUUUUAUUUUUCUAUGUCCUUGUUGCUUUUAGUGCUCGAAAAAUAAACUCAACUUGAAUUAACUUAA